AUGCUCAUCUCUGCUGCCUCGACGCCCCCUGACACGGUGGGCCUGUGCCUCCCGGGGCCCCCCGCGCCCCCACCGCCCCUGCUGCCCAAGCCCGGGAAGGACAACCUGGUCCUGCAGAAGCUUCUGAGGAAGGCGGCCCGGAAAAGGGGGGCCGGGGCCGGGCCCUCAGCCCCCACGGGGGCUUUUCGCAGCUCCCUGUCCCCCGUGAGCGAGGCCAGCCACGACCAAGAGGUCACAGCCCCACACCCCGCCCGAGCCCCGCACACGGCAGCCACCCUGCCCCGCGUCCCCCACGCCACCGUCACCCACCGUGUGCCGUCCCCCCUGCAGAAGUCCACGCUGGCCCUCAGCUUCCCUCCGCACGGGAGCCGACCCUCUCCCCUCACGGCCCCGGGGCUCCCGCUCACAACCCCAGCACCAGCCCAGGGGCCCAGCGACUUUGCCUGUGUCUCAGCACCCGCCCUGGGGGACACCCACAUCAGCCGAGUGCACAUCCAGUUGGUGCCACCCCCAGGCACCGGGGCCCCUGAGCCGCCCCCGAUGGCCCCAGAUGGGGGGUCUGGUGGCCAGGACCGAGGCACAGCCCCUCGCCCCCCUGGAGCCCAGCCCCUGGUCCCCAUCGCCCACAUCCGCCCUCUUCCCGCUGGGGCCCAGGUGGCCAAGCCCUGGCCGGAGGCGCCCCCUGUGCCCAGGCCGCCCCCCGGCUUCCUGGCUGCGGGGCCCAGACAGGCCCACACCCGGGUGGUGGUGCCCAUCGCGCCCACCUGCCGCUCGCCGGGACUCUCGCCUGCCCGGCCAGCCCCUGUGGCCCCCGAGGCCGAGGAGCCCCCCACAGCCGGCCCCGCCCCGGAGGCCCGGCAGGUCUCCAGGCCUCGGGGGGCCUGGACCCCCGCCUCGCCCGCAGGCCCCCACCCCUGCCCUGUCCCCAAAGUGACGCCCAAGCCCCGGCUCAGUGGGUGGAUGCGCCUCAAGAAGCAGCUGAUGGAGGAGGUGGAAGAGGCCCCAUUGCUGAGGCUGGAGCAGAGCGCCGAGCAGAAGGAGCAGGAGAAGAUGGCCCCCGCCGACCCGGCCCCCCGGCCUCCCACAGACCUGGGCCCCCGGAAUCCCACCGACCCGGCCCCCCGGCCUCCUGCUGACCUGGCCCCCCGGCCUCCUACCGACCAUGCCCCCCUGCCUCCUGUGGACCUGGCGCCCCAGCCCACCUCGAACCCGGUGCCCCGGCCCCCUGCCUCCCGGGCCUCCAGGCUGUGGGAUGCGGUACUGUACCGUGUGUCGGUGGCCGAGUCCCACCACAGCCGGGCGGGGCCGGAGGGUGGGGUGUGCACCCUGCCCAGCCGGGGCCGCCUGCCCUUUCUGUGCCGACCCCGCUUCAAUGCCCGGAAGCUGCAGGAGGCGGCCACGCGGCCCCCUCCCACCAUCCACCCCGUCCUGGAGCUGAGCCCCACGCCCAAGAACUUCAACCGCACGGCGGCCGGCUGGAGGCUGCGGUGA